GCGGGAGGGGGGGCCGCCUUCCAGGUGGGAAAGCGGGGCUGGUUGGAAGGGGUGGAUCGCACCUGCUGGGGACGCGUUCGUCGGCGAAGAGCUGCUACCAUGAGGUUAAAUCAGAACAUCUUGCUGCUGGGAAAGAAGGUGGUGCUGGUACCCUACACCCCAGAGCAUGUGCCUAGGCCGACCCUCCGUCCCUGCAGGUACCACGAGUGGAUGAAAUCAGAGGAGCUGCGGCGUUUGACAGCCUCCGAGCCUCUGACCCUGGAGCAGGAGUAUGUGAUGCAACACAGCUGGCGGGAAGACGCAGACAAGUGUACCUUCAUCGUGCUGGAUGCAGAGAAGUGGCGGGCCCAGCCAGGUACCGGCGAAGAAAGCUGCAUGGCGGGAGAUGUGAACCUCUUCCUCACGGAUCUAGGGGACCCCUCCUUGGGGGAGAUUGAGGUCAUGAUUGCAGAGCCCAGCUGCAGGGGCCAGGGCUUGGGCACCGAGGCCGUCCUCAUGAUGAUGUCUUAUGGAGUGACCAAGCUAGGUGUGACCAAGUUUGAGGCUAAAAUUGGGCAAGGAAAUGAACCGAGCAUCCGGAUGUUCCGAAAGCUUCACUUUGAGCAGGUGGCUGUGAGCAGUGUCUUCCAGGAGGUGACGCUCAGACUGACGAUGAGUGAGCCGGAGCGGCAGUGGCUUCUCGAGCAGACCAGCCACGUGGCAGAGAAGCCCUACAGAGCUGGGGCGUCGGAGGCCCGUUGACAGCCGGCCUUGCGGACCAGCCACCCUGUGUGGAUGGGGGUGUGAGACCAGAGCCCUGCAGCAGGCAAACAGGGGGGGCCUGUGGGGCACAGUGCUCUGGCCUUGCUCCAGCCUGGGACUCUCCUCUUGGGGCCCUUCAGACUCCGGGCUGGGCUUGCCUUGGCCUCCCUCUGGCUGGCCUUGUGGCUGAGCCACUCCAGGGCCAGCCCCUCCUCCUGGCCAGACCUGGACUCAGACUCUUGGAGUCUGGAGCGGACGGCAUGAAUCCAUGGGAAGAGGCAGGGUGGAGGUGCAGCUGGAGACGAGGGGGCGCCUGGUGAAUGGGCAGGACCUCCCUUUCCCCUGGAGGGCCAGAGGGGCCGCCGAGGCUCUGGCCGGGAGUAAAGCGCACUGCACACAGCUCGCCCUGUUCUCUCAUUGGGCCCGUGUGGAGCUGAGCUGCCAGGAGGGCCAGCCUGCGGCAUCUGGUCUGGCGUCGUAGGGGCAGGGGAGGGGUAGCUCGGCCCUCUGUCAUCCAGCAGAAGCAGGUGGGUGUGACCCCGCGAGGUCUGGAAAUGAUUGAGUUCGGCCCUGAAGGACAGACAGGUGGCUUGGAAAGUGGGCGAGUGUCCUUGCUCCUUUCUCUUUGGAGCCAGUUUCGAGGGUGGAGUAAGUUAGUUUUGGAUGCAGCUCCAUGUGGCUGGAGUAUCCGCCCUGCUGAUGAAGCUUUGGGCCUCCUGCUCAGUUGCAGGGUCUUCCGAAGGAAGCGGAGGCCGCUGAGCGGCGUCCUCCUGAGGGCACCUGCGUCCUCGCUCUCCACGCCUCAUCCCUCCGCCUCUGGGAGCAGCCGCACCUGCGAAGGCCACUGGGGGGUGCCAGAGGCACAGGUUCGGAUGAUUAAGCUGCUUGGCAACCGGGGCUUAACAGGCAGAGCCGGGCCAGG